CUGUGUCGAACGCGCGACGGCCACAUGGAACCACCGCGGCGCGGACGAUUCCUCGCCAAGGAUCCGGCGCAUGCCAACAGUGACAACAUACGGGGCAUCUUUGGCACGCUUCCUCUAGCAGCGAUGUUGCAAGAACAACAUGAGCGACAACAUGACAGGACUGACAUGGGGGGCUCCAUGACAACGCUGGCUACCCAAACGAUCGAUCGACUGGAGACUGCCAUGAGGCAUUUGGAAGACAUGUAUGGCUACGUGACGAACGCCGACUUGCAAGGCCACGCAAGGUCGUCCAUGCUCACAGAGUUGGGCAGCGUCAUCUUGGAGGCGACGAAGGCUGCCGACGCCACCAUCGCAUUGUUCCACGACACACUGGCAUCCUUGCCACCAAGCCCGCGAUCGCGCUGGCCUCUUCCACGUGUAGAUGCCAUCUCGAGCAAAGCAUCACCGUCUUCCCCACCGGGUACAACCCAUCUUCCAUGCCCAAGCAACAGCACAGCCGAUCUGGACCAAGCGUCCGUCGUCACGGCAGAGUCGCCGCCGCGAAGGCGCAAGGUUGACGACGCUGACCUCCCACUCGUCCAUCCUCCCCCCUCCAUCUCCAAGAUACCUCCAAAGCAGCGCCAUCUGAACCGUCCAUCGUCGCCGCCGAAACCUACUGCGGCCGCAUUAUUGUGCCCGACCACCCGCCAACUCCUCAUGGACCUGCAUGUCGAAUUCCAUGCCAAGAAAGCCGAGUUCAAGAAUCUGCGGCGGCGAGUCGGCGACGCCAAACGACACACUAAGAUGCACAUCCAAGACCACACGCAUGUCCUCCGGGGCCUCGAACGUUUGCAGCACGACAUGCCACUGUAGUACCUACUGUAGUACACAUGACUGUACAUUAUUUGAAGUUCAUAUAUAUAUAUAUAUAUAUACUGUAU